AUGGCGCAAGACGUUUUCAUGGAUCCUUGGCAAACCGCAACCAGGUAAUAUAGAUUUGAAACAGAAAAAAAAAACAAAAUGAGAAUAUUAGUAUAGCUGGCCUGGCACAAAUACAUUAUUCUUAAUGGCGGCAAAACACGCUAGAAUUUUCUGAAAAGUUUUUAUUUGUGGAGCUCAUGCGGAGCUAAGCGUUGUGAAAUUUAAUUUUUGGGACCCCCACGGUCUUUUAAAAUUGCAAAUUCUCCAAGGGAAAUACAAAACACCAAACCAUUUGCAGUUCGUUUCGAGACCAAGCUUGGUCUCGAAACGAGGAGCCGGACUGCAGCUGGAUUUGGUGUUUUGUAUUUCUCUCGGAGGUUUUUUUUGGAAUUCUGAAAAACCAAACUACACUGUACUUUUCCAUUUCUCUUCAAAAACUCAUGUUUUUCGGUGUUAAAUAUAAUCCCCAAAAAAUAUUUCAGCUUCAGUAUGGAAGAUGAAGAUUUGGGAAUGCCAUCAGGAAAAUAUGCUCGAAUGGACGAUGAGAUGGGCGGAGAAAACAAGGAACGAUUUGCAAGAGAAAAUCAUUCGGAAAUCGAAAGACGUCGGCGAAACAAAAUGACACAUUAUAUAAAUGAGUUGGCUGAAAUGGUUCCACAAUGCGCUGCGCUUGGAAGAAAACCGGAUAAAUUGACGAUUCUUCGAAUGGCUGUCACUCAUAUGAAAGCGAUUCGUGGACAUGCGGUGCACGAUGAAACAUCUUAUAAACCAUCAUUUCUUUCUGAUCAGGAAUUGAAACAUUUGAUUUUGGAAGCGGCCAAUGGUUUUCUUUUUGUUGUUUGUUGUCAAACUGGAAGAGUUUUAUAUGUUGCCGAUUCUAUUGUUCCUGUUUUAAAUUUGAAGCAGGAAGAUUGGUUGCAUCGUAAUUUGAAUGAAUUGAUUCAUCCAGACGAUCAGGAGAAAAUUCGAGAUCAACUGUGCGGUUCCGAAGUUUCGGUGAACAAAGUUCUCGAUUUGAAAUCGGGAAGUGUGAAGCGGGAAGGAACAUCAUCACGUGUUCACAUGUCAUGUCGACGUGGUUUUAUUUGUCGAAUGAGAUUAGGCAAUCUUGAACCAUUACAUCGUUUGCGAAAUCGUCGCCCACUUUUUCAACACGCCGGGCAAAAUUAUGUUGUGAUGCAUUGUACUGGAUAUAUUAAAAAUGCUCCACCGCAAGGAAUUGAUGCUCCAUCGAGUUCUUGUCUAGUUGCGAUUGCGAGAUUGCAAGUUGCUUCGAUGCCGAUUUGUGCUGAUCCAACUUCAACAAGUCAAUUUGCUGUUCGUGUUUCGGAAGAUGGAAAAAUGACAUUUAUUGAUUGCAAGGUGACGGAUUUGAUUGGUUUGAAUGUUGAUCAACUUAUUGGAAGAUAUUGGUGGAAUUUAGCGCAUCCAGCAGAUGAAAAAACACUUCAAGAUGCAUUUGUUGCCUUAUUAUCGUAAGCUAAUUUGAAGAUGGGAUUAUAUGUAUUUAAUAUUUUGUUUUCAGUGAUCAACCAAUGCGAUUACAAAUUCGUGUUAGAACUGCAACCGAUUAUGCGCCUUGCACAAUUUCAGCCUAUAAAUUUAUGAAUCCAUAUUCAGAACAAUUUGAAUACGUUGUUGCAACACAUCAAAUUGUCACAUCAACCGAAGAAUGGAAUCCAACAGCUGCAGUUCCACCUCAACAACCACAACAACAAGUCCCAAAUAAUAAUGCGCCAUUUGAUACAAGUGAUUAUUCAGCGGCAUAUGCUGUUAAUAAUGGAAAUACUUGGCAACAAUGGGCUGAUGCGCCUGGAUCUAGUACUUCUGGAGGAUUUUAA